AUGAACACAUUUUCCCCAAGGGUUGGCCUCACAGUGCUGUUUGCCUUGGCACUCGGGCCGAGUGCCGGGCAGGAGAACGGCUUGCCGAAUGGCACGUGCUUCGAGGAUGCCAUAAAGGAGGAACUGCGCAAGAACCUGACAAACAUGGAGGGAGAGUCGGUCCCAGUGACUUUCUUGUUGGCAGGAUGGAGCUCUGCCCAAGUGACGAGUUCAGUGAUCGAGAUUUUGAUCUCCGAGAUUCUGGGAUACGUCAUUGCUCUUGAACCACGAGUACCUGCUUCGAGUUUGGAUUCCGUCUAUUCCAUGCUGGGCUGCGCAACCUGGUGGAAUUCCACCAGUCGUGGAUGUGAGACCAGGAAGGCAAAACAUCAUAUGAUGAUCGACAGUUGGUAUCGUAGCUUCAGCCACGUCAUCAACAGCUUGGCAGAGAUCUACAUGGAAGAGAUGCCCAUCAACGCGGGCGAUAUGGGAUAUCCAGGCGAGACGGGCGGAUACCUCCCAGCCGCUGCCGUCAACGAAGCCAGAAAUGCCUCGGGCCUGGCAUUGGAGUACUAUGCAAACUGGGACGCCUCGUGGUUCACCCCGUCGCAGUACUUCACAAAUGUGGCCACUGUCAACACAUCAGACCUUAUGAAAUGCAGCGAUAGCUUGUUGACAGACAACUCCAGCGCCUACCACUACUUUGCAAAAAGUGGAGAUGCUGGCGGAGUGGACAUCACCACGGACGGAGAAGGAGUCAAGACAUACAAAUAUGUUUGUCAGGACGGCUACUUUUGGCUGUCCAGUGCCUGUAGAAGUGAUCUGACCAAGUGUGUUCCGUUUAUCACCGGCGGUGGUGGCUGGGAUGUGCUGACCACGACUCAGCAGGCUGCAGCCUACAAUAUGCCACUCGCGCUUGGAGUGGCUGCUACAUGGAGCAAAUUCUUGGAAGUGCCCAAGAAGUACAAGACCAUGUUCUAUUGGUGGACUCCGGAUAGUGCUUUUCUUGAAAUGCAGCCAUCCAAGCUCGUCCUUCCUCCCUUCAACGCAUAUGCUUGGUCUCAGUCUGACUACACCUCAGCAGCUUCAGCUAUUCCUGUGGCCAAAAUCGCAACCAAAGACUUGCAAGCCAUGGCACCUGAUAUAAUGAAGCUCUUGGAAGCCAGUUUGUUUGACUUGGAGGCAGUCGACAGCAUGAUGCUCAACAUGAAAUCCAACUCAGUGACCAGGGAGCAGGCUGCCUGUGAUUGGUUGAAAGGCAACACAGAUCGGUGGAACUCGUGGAUCCCGAAAGCCACGAAGUGCAACCCCGGCUUUGGGCUUUACGACGAUGCCACGGACACUUUCACUGCCGAGCGAGCAACCGCCACGACGUGUAGGGCUUGCCUUCCAGGGAUGUUCUCGAAGGCCUUUAUGGAUGACGAUGGCAGCACGUACAUUUGUGAAGCUUGUCCUGCGGGCCAACAGCAGCUUGGAGCCGGUGCAAUGGAUUGUGAUGCUUGUCCUGCGGGCACAGCGAAAGCAGACCAAUCUACCGAGGAGUGCGCACCAUGUGCUGCAGGCGAAUACCAGGAUGAGAAGGGAGCUCUUCAGUGCAAGAUGUGCCCGCCAGGCACCACUACGAUGAUUUUGGGCAUGAAAUCAAUCUCAGGAUGUGGUUGCCAGGCUGGCUCCAUCGAUGUCUCCGAUCUCAAUUCUCCAGAUCGGCUUGCCGCUAAUUGCAUUGAUUGUAGCGAAGGCUUGACCUGUCCGAUGAUGUCGACAGUGCCGGCGCUCCUUGCUGGAAGCAGUCCGAAUGGUGCGGCUUUUACGCCCGUGGUGAAAAGCGGAUGGAAUCCUUGUUGGGCAAGAGUGUGA